AGUACGAUUCAUUUACUUGUAUGGGUAACAAGAACUGUAUGAGAUGUAUCCACUCUAUCUGCUAAAGCUUAUAAAGCCGGCCAACUUUAUGAAUAACGAAGCAUACGAGUAUCUCUUAUGUAAUUUUGCAGUAAUGGGAUUAUCAUCGAUAAUAAAAUGCAAGGAAAUCUAUAUUCUGCGUUGCUUUCUUCGAUCUUUGUAUUUCUGCUACAAUGUCAAACUACUUUAAUCGUUUCUAUCCUUUACAAGCAGCAAAGCUGUUCGUCAAGUCCCUUAAAAACAAUAAUAACACCUCAGCUUUAAAUAGCCCGACGAAAGUGCUCAAACUCACCAAAGACCUCACACAAAACCAGAGUAAUGCAGCCUUAGUGGACGCUGUCAAAUCAAUCUUUAUUAAAUUUGAUACUCUGCCUGAUCAGAAGCAGCUCGAUUUUACAGUCUCUCGUAGAGUAUCUACUAUACUUGAUGCAGGAUAUGGCGUUUUUUUGAAUGGAAAUACACAAAAGGCUGGUUCUAUCCUGUGCUUCUACCCAGGCACUAUUUACAUGUCUUCGGACCCUAUCUUCUUUGUUAGUCUAUCCAAUCAAUAUAUUCUAAAAUGCGCCGAUGGUAUUUAUAUUGACGGUAAAUCGAAUGGCUUAUCAGGCAGGGUAUACUCAUCUCUUUAUAAGAGGGAAAACUGGCCAGGCGCAAUUUUAGUGAGUGAUAAUACUUGGAUGACAGCAACGAACGAUAUAAAGAACCUAAGAAACCCUUUGGCAAUAGGUCAAUUUGUGAAUAACCACACAGAUGAAUGCAAAGCAAAUGGUUGUAUCUUGAGAUUUGUAAGCGUACAUUUUUAAUAUCAACUAACUUUGGUUUGAAAUAGUCUACUACCAAGAGAUAGACGU